AUGCCGUCUUCAAUCUUCUCGGCAGCUCAGCCGGAGUUCAUGGAUACAUAUGAGGUGCCUACAUCAGUAGGCUCAUUCGGCCUGGCGCUUGUUCUUCUUGGAUAUGGAGUCGGAGUCUUGCUGUUCAGUCCAUUAUCUGAGAUCCCAGCUAUUGGUCGGAAUCCUCCAUAUGUCAUUUCCAUGGCACUUUUUGUUCUUGUCAGUGGAGUAGCCGUGGCACUUGACAAUGUUUCGUGGUUUCUUAUUCUGCGCUUCCUUCAGGGCUUCUUCGGGUCUCCAUGUUUAGCCACCGGUGCUGCAUCCUUGACAGAUAUCACAGAGCUAGUCAAUAUACCGUAUGGGCUAUGGAUAUGGGGUAUCUGUGCAGUGGCGGCACCUGCAAUAGCGCCUUGCAUAGCGGGAUUCAGCAUCACGGUCAAUGGUUGGAAGUGGUCUAUGUGGGAGAUUCUCUGGGGCGCGGCGCCCUGUCUUGCUGGUUUGUUCACUAUCCUCUCACAACUAUUCCUUCCGGAGACCUCGGUCCCCACAAUCUUGCACCAACGCGCAGCACGCCUCCGAACCCGGACCGGAAACCAAUCCUUCAAAGCCUCAUCAGAGAUCGACAGCAGCAGAUACUCAAUCAGAACCCUCGUCCACGGAGCACUGAUUACCCCAUGGAAAAUCAAUGCCCUAGACCCAGCUAUUCUUUUCACAACUCUAUACAUAGCCCUAAUAUACGCCAUCUUCUACUCAUUCUUCGAGGUAUUCCCACUCGUAUACCAAGGAAUCUAUAACAUGAGCACGGCAAACAUGGGCCUCGUCUUCCUUGCAGCAAUCAUCGCCGUACUCAUCGUCAUGCCAUUCUACUGCCUCUUCAUCCACUACCAUAUCGCACAGCCCAUCCGCAAUGGCAAUUUCCCACCCCCAGAACGAAGACUCAUUCCUGCCUUAUUCAUCGCCCUGUUCGUUCCAACGGGGAUGUAUCUCUUUGCAUGGACUUCGCGGGCUGAUAUUCAUUGGACGGUGCCUACAGUUGGAUUCAUGCUUAUCAUGAUGGGUGUGAUUACACUUCUGCAGUGUAUGUUUGGUUACAUGGCUGUUGCAUAUCCGAGUCAUUCGGCGAGUUUGUUUGCUAUGAAUGACUUUGCCCGGUCGACUCUUGCUUUUGCGGCCAUUUUGUGGUCUGGGCCGUUGUAUCGCAACCUUGGGGUUGCGAGGGGGACGAGUUUGGUUGGGGUUUUGACUGUGCCGUGUGUUUUUGGGACUUUUGCUUUGUAUUGGUUGGGCCCGGAGUUGCGGAAGCGCAAGUCGGUUUGCUGCCUGAUGAAGUGUGUAGUAGAUGAUAUACUGACUGACUUUCAAUGA